GUGCGACGUGUCGAUUGUUUCCGAUGCAACAUUUACAUUCCGCCUAGCGAAAUUCACCAGCGAAAUAUAUAAAUAUAUACCCGUCGGUUCUUUUCAGAAUUACCAGGAUUCCCAACACCUCGGACGAAACAAUUACAGCGCAACUAACGAAGACAAUUAAGCGGCUCCGAACCGCUCGUGAAUCAUUUAGUGGCCGCGACGCCGGGCGUCGGGGCGCUCGAGCUCCAUCCGUCUCGCCCGCGGAACGACGUCGAGGCGGAGACGCGACCGGAGCGAGAGAAACGACCUCGACUGCACUUUCUUAAAGUGAAAAUGGUGCAGAUACGGCGACCGAAUAAAUUGCUCUGUAAAAACGCGAGGAAUUACUUCAAGGAAUACUGCAAUAAUUCCAGCAUACACGGGUUCAAAUAUUUCGGCGAGAACAGAUCUUAUUUUGAAAGAAUUUGGUGGUUCGUGGUGUUCGUCAUAACGCUGUGCAUCGCCUUGUACUCCAUAAUGCAGGUGUACCAGAAAUGGAUCAAAAGUCCGGUGAUUGUCACUUUCUCAACCAUGGAAACACCAAUUUACACCAUCCCUUUUCCAUCUGUAACGAUCUGCCCCGAAUCCAAAACCGCCCAGUACUUGUACAGCCACCAGAAGGUCGUCAACGACUUCUUCUUUAACAGGAACGUGUCAGACGAGGACUUAGAAAAUUUACGAUACAUGGGAUUGAUUUGUGAGAGAGAUUUGGCUAUAGAAUACCCCGAUAACGAAUUCAUCACCGACGAAAUAUACUCGAAAUUGGACAGUCUAAGUCCCUCGAUGCCUAUGUUUUACUGCCAAUUCAUGGGCAAAGAUUAUCCUUGCGAUGAAUUAUUUACGAAAGUUUUUACAGAAGAAGGGUUGUGUUAUACGUUCAAUACAGCCGAUAAUUCAGAUAUUUACAGGGAGAACGUAUAUUUCCACUCUUUAUCUAAGGUGAACCACUCUAAAUUGGAAUGGUCGUUAGAGGAGGGUUAUUCAAAAGAUGCAGGUUUAAAAACUUAUCCUAGAAGAGCAUUGCUUUCAGAUAUCACCAAUUCAUUGAUUGUGAAUGUUUUAUUUACGCAUUUGGAUCUAGACAAAACCUGCAAAAAGGGCAAUCAAGGCCUGAAGGUUGCUUUACAUACAGCGACAAGAAUUCCUCGAAUGGCGCAUGAAUAUUUUCGCGUGCCCCUUGAUGAAGUAGUCAUAGCCGGCGUCACUCCAAACAUGAUCAGAACAAACAGCCGCCUCGAGUACUACGACGUCAGUCAACGCCAUUGCUAUUUCUCCUACGAAAAACAUCUAAAAUACUUCAAAAUCUACACUCCCAAAAACUGCAGAAUGGAAUGCGUCGCCAACUACACGCUCUACUAUUGCGGUUGCGUACCGUUUUACAUGCCCAGGGAGAAUUCGACCAACAUCUGCGGCCUGGGCAGCUUCGACUGCGCCCAAUUCGCCGAGCAAAGCUUCCAGUCGAGGAGCCUGCGAAACGAUCUGGGCGAAACGCUCGAAUCGCUCGAUAAUAAAGACUGGCCGCACGAGGGCGAGUUCUUCGCCGGGGAUCUACCGGACUGCGAAUGUUUGCCCUUAUGCUCCGAUUUGACCUACAACGUGGAAACGUCGCAGAGCAAAUGGAAUUGGCUCGAAUCGUUUCCCAAAAGAAACAGCAGCGCCGUACUUAUGAAGAUGUUGGCGGCUAGAAGGUCCAAAUUGAUAUUGUAUAUGAAACCGUCCGAUUUUAUAUUUUCCGAGAGGAACGAAUUGUACGGGCCGUUGGAUUUUCUCGCCAAUUUCGGCGGUUUGCUCGGAUUGUUCACCGGUUUUUCCAUGCUCUCGGUCAUGGAGGCUCUCUAUUUCUUUACCCUGAGGAUGUUUUGCAACGUCAGGAUAUACGGACAUUGGUCCGGAAAGGACCAUUACAGCUUCUCAAAGGAUUAAUUGCAUGUAUUCACACAUAGUUGAUUGUAUAAGGAAGCACAUGAAUUUGUAUUUGUAUAAUUUAUUUGCACUAUUGUAAAAAAAUUAACAAAACAGCUGAUAUACGUGAAUAUGAAUUUAUUUGUAAAAUUCUUCGGCUAUUUUUCAUUUCGAAGUUUCCUCUGCAGAUCUUUCCUCGAGAUUGUUAGGUUUAAUCCACGUACCAUAUAUCCUUAUAUUCCCCCAAAUCCUCAAAGACAGAAAAUAAAGGAUCUCCAAAAAUGAUAGAAUCGAAAAUCCCGUAAAUAAUCCCAGUAGACCGCCGAAGUUCGAAAUUACGUCGGAGAAACCGUAUAUUUCGUUUCUCUCCUUCGUUUCCACGUGGUCGUUCUUGAAAUAAAAGCUCAACGUCGUAAAAGCGUUGCUGUGGGUAACAAACGUUAAUACAAAAUAUUCUCCGCAACUUAAAAACUGUACUAACUUGUCGAAAUCGAUGUCGUCUCUCAGUGUUUUGUUCAAAAUUUCGAAAAUUAUGUUGUUGGUUGAGAGAUCCACGCUGUAGCUCACAUCCGUGCAGGUGGGUUUGCAAUCGCAACUCUGCGAUGCGUAAGUUUCCUCAUCGUUGCUCGAAGUUUUGUCCUCGUUGAAUAUCGAAAAGAUAUCUACAAAACCAAACAACAUAAGAAUCUAGUACUAUAGAACUAAACAACCUCACCUAAAGCUACUUCGAUGCAAUCCAACUUAUCCAAAAAACACACAGGCGUACCGGCUUCCCCUGAAAUCAAAAAAGAAAACCCAACGAAUUUCCAAAACUUUCCUCAAAACUUCCUGCUGCAGUGGAACGUACUGGGCAUGUGGAAAGCGACGCAGCCGCACUCGUUCAACGUGUAGUUCGCCUUGCACUCGAUCAUGCAAUUGGCGUGCGAGUACAAUUUGAAGAACUUCAGCCGCUUUUCGGAUUCGAAGUAGCAAUCGCGCUUGGCCGGCGAGAAGUUCUUCACGCCUUCGGAGGUUCUGAUGGUGUGCGGUACGAUGGCGCUCACCACUCGCUGGCCCAACGGGGCGUAGAAGUGGUUCUCCGGUACCUCCGGUACGUCCGAAGGAAGAUGCACUGAGACCUAGAAUAGGUAGAAUUUGAUGAAGAUGGAAUAAUGAUGGAUUGCAGUGGUGUCGAAAAUAGAUCAAAGUGGAUUUAAAAAAUGGUUCGUUUAAUUUUUUUGCUACUUGGCAAGUAGUUUAUCAUGUUUUCGAAAUUACUAGCGAGCCAAAAAUGUUAGUUACAAUUUAAUGGAAUAUAAGCGACAUUUACAAAUGAACUGUUUAACUCGAAAACAUGUAGUCGAUUAGAUUCAUAUAAAAUCCUUCGGCUAAAAAUGAA